AUGUCUUCAGGCAUUUGGAACUGGGGUCCAUUAUCAGCACGUGUGCCAGUCUCCUCAUAUUUGUCCGUUAGUGCUGAUAGUGGAGUCAUCCAUGCAGUGCGCUCUUUGACUACGAGCAGAUCAGACUUCCACUUCCGCGUCAAAGCGCAGGAUGGAGGCUCUCCUCCACUCAGUAGCAAUGUGACUGUGAAAAUACUGAUCCAGGACCAGAACGACAACCCUCCUCAGGUUCUGUACCCAGUCCAGACUGGUGGCUCUCUGGUGGCUGAAAUGGUUCCUCGUUCAGCAGAUGUGGGCUAUCUGGUCACUAAAGUGGUGGCUGUUGAUGUGGACUCUGGACAGAAUGCCUGGCUCUCCUAUAAACUGCAGAAAGCCACAGACAGGGCGCUGUUUGAAGUGGGCUUACAGAAUGGAGAAAUAAGAACUAUCCGCCAAGUCACUGAUAAAGAUGCUGUGAAACAAAGACUGACUGUUAUAGUGGAGGACAACGGGCAGCCCUCUCGUUCAGCUACAGUCAUUGUUAACGUGGCGGUGGCGGACAGCUUCCCUGAAGUGCUGUCUGAGUUCACUGACUUUACACACGACAAGGAGUACAAUGACAACCUGACUUUUUACUUAGUGUUGGCUUUGGCUGUAGUUUCCUUCCUCUUCAUCACGUGUUUAGUGGUUAUUAUAUCAGUGAAAAUCUACAGAUGGAGACAGUCUCGCAUCCUGUAUCACUCCAAUCUGCCUGUGAUUCCAUAUUAUCCACCACGUUACUCAGACACUUUGGGGACAGGGACUCUCCAACACGUGUACAAUUACGAGGUGUGCAGGACGACUGACUCCAGAAAGAGUGACUGUAAGUUCGGCAGAGCUGGUAGUCAGAACGUGCUGAUAAUGGACCCCAGUUCUACAGGGACGAUGCAGCGGAUACAGAGUGAAAAGAGCAUCCUGGAUGAACCAGACUCUCCUCUAGAG